AUGCUCUCUCUUAACCCUAUAAUACAUCCAGACACAAAAAACAAGCGUUUCAAGUUCGAGCCUUUCCUUCGAAAAGAGUUCAACUUUGGCCUAGAUCCCGAUCGGCCCGUGUGCCAGUUCUACAAACCCAAUCAGCCAGACUCUUGCCCGAACGGUCCCUUCUGUCCAAACAAACAUGUAGCUUCCAUGUUCAACAACAAGGUUGUGUGUAAGCAUUGGUUGAGAGGCCUUUGCAAGAAAAAUGACCACUGUGAAUUUCUCCACGAGUAUAACCUAAGGAAGAUGCCCGAAUGUCUUUUCUUCUCCAAAAACGGCUAUUGCACCCAGAUGCCCGAAUGUUUGUAUCUUCAUGUCGAUCCGCAGCAAAAAAUCCCCGAGUGUUUGCAAUAUGAAAGGGGCUUCUGUCCUGAAGGGCCAAACUGUCCGAACAGACAUGUGCGGAAAAUCCUCUGUCCAAUGUUUUUGACAGGUUUCUGUCCAAAGGGCUAUGAGUGCGACUAUACGCAUCCCAAAUUCGACAACUUGCCGCCAAAACUCCGUGUCGAACAUAAGCGGCUCAUCAAGGGUGAGACUAGAGAGGUCGAGAAGAUCUCGUAUGACCAGCCCCUCACGGAAGUGCGGAGAAACUAA